CAAAUAUCAAAUUAAAACCAAUAACCUAGAUAUUUAUUUGCUCAAAAUGCCUUAAAUAUCCAGUGAUUUAAUUUUGUAUGUUCCAAAUUGCAGUCCUUUAAAAAUGUCCUCGACAUCGAAAACCUCCCUGAGUGCACCGAAACAAAGUUUCGGCCUGUACAAGACCGUAAUUAGCAAAUUAAAUUUAGCCAAAGAGAAGCUUUUACCGGUCAUUAACAGAAUAUUGAAAACUGCUUCGGUGAAUUCUUCUCGAUUGCCAUACCAGUCAGUCAAGUCUUACUAUCUAACGAUGGAGCAAUACAAACAAGCCGUUUGGGCGGCGGACGUGUUAAAAGAGGUGGCGGAAAUUCUAAAAUUCAACAAAAUUAAAGAGCCCAAGUGCAUCAAAUUGCAAUCAGUUGAUUUCGAUGUGGCGAAAGUUAAAGUCAAUAAAUUGGGUAAGGUGUACGUCGAUACCCCGAUUCUCGUGCAGCUCAUCGAUUUGCAUAACAUGCUAGGAGAUGCUAUUAAAUACAUCAAAAAUAUACCAGCAGAAAUGUAUAAAAUUCCCAAGAAAUCUCCAACAAGUAAAACUUCUUCGGAAAAUUCUUGUAUAAGCAUGAGUAUCAAACAAAAAGCACAAGUUGAAAGAAUUACUAAAGAAAUCUUGACGUCCUUAACAAUGCCUCUGAAAACAAACUUUUUAGUUAUGGCUGCUAAUUCGAUUCACAAGACCCAAAUACCGAAUGUACUGGAUGAAAAAUCGGCUUCGGAAAUUAACCUUCCUCCACCUACGAUAGUUCAAGUGAGACACUGCAAAUCUUUGGGUUCUAUUUUUAGCACUAAACAAUCAAAGGUGGAUGCGGUAGGAGCUCGAAAAAUUAUAAUAAGAUGCCUAGCGGACUUGGAGAGAGUGAAGGAAUAUUUCGAGGAGUGUCCUUGCGGCUCGAAAACGCCUUCUGCGACGAGUUGCAAUAAACCCCCGUGCGAAGAAGAGCCCUGCUUGUGCCCCGAAGAAGCGGAAGAAGCAGGAGCGCCGCUGCAUUUCGUUUGGAAAGACGAUGGCGAAAACGGCAGCAAAGUCGUGAUUUGCAUAAAAGGUAAAACCGAGGACGAAGGCGACAUCCACGUGGUAAUCCGCCCGUGCCCGGAAUGCUCGCCGUGUCCGAACAAAAAGAGCAACCAACGCUUCGACAUAUCCAUAGAGAACGUGAACAAGCCGCGACGCAGCAAGAUAUCAUUCAAAGUAUCGAGCGAUAAGCUCUUGUGCGGCGAUCAAUCGCGAAACGACGCCAUCAACGUCGUCUUCGAUCCCGACGAGCCGUCGAAAUCGGUCGUCGAAGGACCGCAAAUACGGUUGCGCGAAACUAUCAAUUUAAACCUGCAAAACGACGAGGGACAAGAUUUAGUUAUUUCGCUUUGCGUUAAACCCAAAUGUCCCCCGAAACCGGCCUGUUCUAGUUUGGAUUUGGAGGACUUGUUCAGCGAUUGUUGUUGCAGCAAAAAACCCCGUAUACAUGUAGUUGAGAGACUGACGCCUUUAUCCCGUACGAAAGUUUGCUCUUCAAUGGAGUUCGACGUAGGUUUAGUCGUGUCCAAAUUGAACACGCUAGGCGUACAACAUCCCGAUAGGUGCAUCCGGAAACGGCUCAACGACUUCGGCGUGAACAACAUCCUUCUGUGGGUGAACAACAAUCGAAUUGUUUUCGCUAUUUUAAUGUAUUAUUUGUACACCAGAGCAAGCCGGCCGGUGAAGUGCGGACGCAAAGCCAUUUUAAACGAGCCGCAGAAGAAGACUCUGCCGUACUCGGCGAGUUUGAGGUCCCUGCCUUUGGACAAUGGCGACAUGGCGGUUAUCCAUCAGAGCAUCAACAUGUGUUUGCACAGAAGCAAACAUUCCAGGAUCUUCCCGGACGGACGCGACGAAAUCGAUUGCAAGCGCGUUCGAUUCAAGGUGUAUUUUUUGCACGUUUUGUACCGGAGAAAUUUAUCUGACCUUCGAAAGCGAUUGAUAAACGAGCGGUUGGAGUAUUAUAUUUAUUUAGAGGAUGAUACGAGACGUUGCGAAGGUGCAACGUACGAAGUCAGAUAUUUUGAUGUAGAUAAUUGCGAUCAACCGACUAAAAACGACACACAAACGAAUAGUAAUACAGUUGCUAAAACCUCUACGAUCGCAACUUUGUACAAAAGUAUAGAUUUUUCUAAACGAAAAAAAUUGCAAAUUUCAAUCGAAAAAUCCAAAAUACCAAUUUACACCAAAAUACACCGACGCGGAAUUGAACAAACAACAAUUCCUGAUACGAAAUGUAGCUUAACAACAAUAUACCAAGACUUAUCCAAUAAUCGCAUUGAAGAGAAAGCAAUCGAAGAAAGUAAUAUUUCUAACUGCAGCUCGACCAAUAGCGUUUACGAAGAAACCAGCUGUGAUCUCGCAAAUAUAAUUUACAAAUCAAGCUCUAAUAAUCUCGUUAUAAACACAACUAAAAGCAUCGACAGCAGAGGCGAUGUUUCCGAUAAUUUGCGGCUAAUAGUAAACGCAGUCGAGCGAAGCGAAGGAGACUCUGGGCUUUUCCGAAAGAUUUAUCAAUUGGAAAACGAAAAUUGCGCGAAGGAAACCGAAGGAAAAUCAAUGAUCGUUAUCAAGCCGGUCAGUCAAAGUCAGAAUAGUUUCGAUUUGAACAAUUCGCUUUUCAAAACGGACAAGAAGCCGAGGAAAUCGAAGAAAAAGACGAAGAAAAUCGAAUUUUACAAGACUAGCAGUCUCUCGCAAUUGCUCGUUGGUAAAACACUUCCCAGAAAAAUCACGUUUUUAAAUUUCCAAGACUUCUUCAAGAACACCCUGCAAAGUCCACAGAGCGACGAUCACGCAGAUUUAAAUUUGGCUUUGUCUUCAACGCGGUUUAAAAGAGACCCGAACCUCGGCAGGACCUUGUCGAAAGUGAUAGUCAAUAAUUUCUCGAAUUUUUUGUACGAAUCGUUGAUAAGAGAUAUGUCCACCGAGACGAAAUUGGAAAUAUUGAGCAAAAUCGACGAGUUUUUGGGCAAGUAUUGCAAACUCCAAGCCAAAACUAUCAAGUCCCAAGGUAGGAGAAUUAAAAGUAGGUUUUGCUCCUAAUGGGAUGUUGUUUCGCCUCUAUCAGUAUUAAUGAAAAUAUUUGAUAUAAAAAAAAUUGUGAGUGUACUUUUUUUGGGAAUAAAUUCC